GCAGGCAGGCAGGCAGACGGGCUGUGCGCCACCCGGAGCCUGAUGAGACACUUCACCGGAGACAAAGUACCGGCGCGCUGUAACAGCUCAGCGGGCUCUCUCUGUCACUUUUUGGACGUUUCUGUGUUGGACACUGUGUGGAAACUGGGGGGCUUGGGGCUCGGUGGAUAAACGCACUGUUUUGGGAGAAUAACUGAUGUUGCAUCUCCAUACUGUAUGAGCGCAUAGGGAGCGCAGGAACCCCCCCCCCCAUCAUCCCCUCUUCUCAGAAGGUUGGGGCUCACCCAGCUAUAGAGAGACCCAGACCUGGGGGAAAAUCCACAUGAAGAUGGAGUCAUUUAUCCUCUGGAGGGCUGUCCUUAUCUUCCUCACGCUUCCCUCUUUCCAGGGUGCAGAGAGUCAGCCCCAGAGUGCAGUGUUCCUGCCAGAGUUCGCCCUCUCCCCUCAGGGCAGCUUCAUGGAAGAUGCUACAGAAGAUCAGUUCCUAACCUACAGAUACGAUGACCAGGCAUCCAGGAUGACCCGCUCAGAUGAGGACAGGGACCUGGGCUGGGACGCCUGGGGCACCUGGAGCGAGUGCUCUCGCACCUGCGGAGGGGGAGCCUCCUACUCUCUGCGACGCUGUCUCAACGGAGGAAGCUGUGUUGGCAAGAACAUCCGCUACAGAACCUGCAGCAACAUGGACUGCCCAGCAGAGUCCGGUGAUUUCCGGGCCCAGCAGUGUUCGGCCCACAAUGAUAUCAAGUACCAGGGUGUCACCUACGAGUGGUUCCCAUCACCUUAUGACCCGUCAGCACCCUGUGCACUGCGCUGCCAAGCCAAAGGGAGAAGUCUCACUGUUGAACUGGCCCCCAAAGUGCUGGACGGGACACGAUGCCGGGCGGAUGCUUAUGACAUGUGCAUCAGCGGAGCGUGUCAGGAAGUGGGCUGCGAUCGCCAGCUGGCCAGUGGUGCCAGGGAGGAUAACUGCGGCGUCUGCGGCGGUGACGGCUCCACAUGCCGGCUGGUCCGAGGACAGGCCCUGCCCCACCUUACACCAGAACAAUCUAUCAAGACAGUGCUGGACAUGCCGAUAGGAAGCCGCUUUCUCAGACUCAAUGCCAAAGGACCUGAUAUUAUAGUUAUCGAAGCCGUCUCUCUUCAGGGGAGGAAGGAGGAGACCACUCUGGUGUCUAGCGGCUCCUAUGUGAUAGGAAACACCUCCCUGGACUUCCAAAGAGGGACAGACCGGCAGACACUCAGGACACACGGCCCACUCAACGCUGAUUACAUUAUCAAGAUGAAGUAUGGAGGCUCCAAGGACACAGUUGUCCAGUUUCUCUUCUACCAGCCAAUCAGGUACCAGUGGAGAGAGACAGACUUCUUCCCUUGCUCGGUCAGCUGUGGAGGAGGCUACCAGCUGAACUCUGCAGAGUGCACAGACAUCCGAUCCAACCAGACCCUGCCUGAGCACCAUUGCAACAGCUAUCCUGAAAACACCAAACCCACACCAAAACUCAAGGAGUGCAACAUGGACCCCUGCCCAGAGAGUGACGGAUUCAAAGAGGUGAUGCCAUAUGACCACUUCCAACCUCUGCCUCGCUGGGAGCAGGGCCCCUGGACCCAGUGCUCGGUGUCCUGUGGCGGUGGCGGCUGGCAGGACCGCAGCGUGAUGUGUGUGGAGGAGGACACCCACGGACAGUUCUCCCAGGUGGAGGAGUGGAAGUGCACCCACUCCCCUCGACCCACCACCCGACAGACAUGCAACACCUUCGCCUGCCCCCAGUGGGUGGGCAUGGACUGGUCUCAGUGCACGGUGACGUGUGGGCGUGGCCUGCGUUACCGGGUGGUGCUGUGCAUCGACCACCGGGGACAGCACAUCGGAGGCUGCGAAGCGUCACUCAAACCUCACGUCAAAGAAGACUGUCUGGUCCCUAUCGCCUGCCACAAGCCCCGCGAAUCUCUGCCGGUAGAGGCCAAGGUGCCCUGGUUAAAACAGGCCCACGAACUGGAGGAGCAGCAUACUGCUACAGAGGAGCCCACAUUCGUCCCGGGGCCCUGGUCACCCUGCAGCACCACCUGCGGGCCUGGCAGGCAAACUCGGGAGGUGAAGUGCCAGGUGCUCCUUUCAUUCACCAAGACGGAAGUGGACCUUCCAGAGGAGGAGUGUGGCGAAGACAGACCACGGCUGGAGAGGCCGUGCAACCAGGGGCCAUGUGCCAAAGUCCCAGGUGUCUCCGCGGUCCUCCAGGACCAUGAGGCCCCUUACAUGCAGACAGAGGAAGUGUUCAGCUGGGACUACCGGGGCUUCACUGCCUGCUCAGCCACAUGUGCUGCUGGGAAGCAGACAGCAGUUGUGAGGUGUGUUAACAGGAAGCAGGGUGAAGAGGUGGAGGACUCUAUGUGUGAUUCAUCCAGCAGGCCACCAGUGAUGAUCCGUAUCUGUAAUCCUGAGCCAUGCCCCCCCAGAUGGGAGGUGACAGCAUGGACCGGCUGCUCUGCGUCGUGCGGCGUGGGCAUCCAGACCAGGAGUGUGUUUUGCAUGCGUCUGUUGUCCGUUGACCAGCAGGAUAUUCUGACUGUUUCAGAGGACGAGUGCAGGGAAUUCAAACCUGCCAUCCUGCAACCCUGCAACCAGCUGGACUGUCCUCCGGCCUGGGAGACAGAACCUUGGCAGCAGUGCUCCCAGUCCUGUGGCGGGGGUGUCCAGGUGCGGAAGGUCUUCUGUAAGCAGCUCCUGUCCACAGGGGCCUACAGGAGGCUGGGAGACCAGGCUUGCAGGGGGGCCAAACCUGCCACUAACCGAGGCUGCAGCAACACCGACUGCCUGCCCUACUUGGCAGGAGGCGAAUGGGGAAAGUGCUCGGUGUCCUGUGGUUUGGGGAUCCAGCGUAGGGAGCCAUCAUGUCGCCAGUUGACAACCAUGGGCCACCAGGUGACGCUGGCCAGGGAGCUGUGUUCAGGGUUGGCCUCCCCUCCACUUGUACGGACCUGCCGCAUGAUGGCCUGUCCCAAGCACAAGAAAGAGGUGAGACCUAAAGAGACCCUGAAGGUUCCGGUGGAGAACCAAGUCAGACAGACGGUGAGACGUCCACCGAAGGCUAGAGGCUAUGAGGCCGGAGUUAAACGAUGUCCGCUGCUCAUGGGUAGUCACCGCAUCUACAUCCAGACCCGCAAGGAGAAGCACCUCCACCUAACCGUCGGCGGCCACGCCUACCUCCUACCUAACACCUCGCUGGUCAUCAAAUGCCCGGUCAGAAGGUUCCCCAAAGCCUACAUUCGCUGGCUCAAAGACGGACGCCUUCUGACCAGCUCCAGACGCUUGGGCAUCACCAAAUCCGCCUCUCUGAAGAUCCACUUUCUGGCUGCAGAGGACAUCGGGGUGUACAAGUGUGUGGCUGGACCGGCCUCAGACAUAUUUACCCUGCAGCUGAUAGGUGGUGACAGAAGUUUAACUAGCAGAGAGUUCACUGCCAGUCCCGGUCCCAGCUGGGAGGAAAUGCUCCCUAGCUGCCAUGCGCACUACUCAGGCCUGGCGACGGACUUGUCAGUGCCCGUAAAAGUGUCUCUGCAGCCCCCUGGUGUCCAGGAGGAGGCCUGGCUGCAGCCACGGCUGGAGGAGAGGCUGAUUAAUAUCACCCUGCAGGCUGACAGAGGGGAGAUCCAACAAGAGCAGGCCUCAGAACUCAUCUCCUCACUGCUGAGCCACAUGUCUGCUGCCCAGCUCUGGUCCAGGACUCCGCAGGGACCAGGAAAGGCCAAAGACAGACUGGCCAACUGGUCUGAGCGCUCUUCAUUGGAGACGGUUGUGAGUAGAGCAGUGAUCAUCAGACAGCAGCAGAGCCUUCAAUUGAGUCUUCAGAAGAACAUCAACAUCAGCAUUGGACACAGCGCCCUCCUGACCAACACUACCCGAUCACUGACCAUACUCUGUCCUGCACGGGGCUUCCCGCCUCCCAAAAUCAGCUGGACCAAAGAUGGAGUUCUGCUGCAGCACAAUGACAGGGUAUCCUGGGAUAACUCUGGAGGACUCCACAUCCUUCAGCCCCGAGCGUUUGACAGAGGCCAAUACAAGUGCACAGCUGCCAACACACAUGGCUCAGACUCCGAGACUUCUCAGCUGUUGGUGGCAGAGCCUCCAGCCAUCGCAGUGUCAUGGAGGAAUGUUUCCGACCAUGGCUUUGUGUUGGGCCACAGCUUGAGGACCAAGUUGGGGGGACGAGUCAGUGUUCGCCCGGGGGCCAAUCUUACGCUGGACUGCCCCGUCACCGGCGUUCCACAGCCCACAGUGACGUGGAACAAAAAGGAUGGAGUAUUAGAUGCCGGUGCUGUUUCCCUGCCCUCUGGAUCACUGUGGAUCACAAAUGUUUCUCUGCACCACCAAGGCACCUACUCCUGCACCGCCACCAACGCCAUAGGAAGGUCCACUGCUUCUACUGUCCUGCAGGUCUACGGUCCGUACCCUGGACCCUCUGCUGGAGGAAGCAGGGUUGUCCCAGUCUCACAAGAGCUGAACAGGAGAAGGGUCCUUAUGGCGUCCCACCGGGGAACCAGCGUCUUUAUCAAGCCUGGCCACAUUCUACGUAUAGGCUGUCCAGUCGUUCCUGACCACAAAGUGCCUGUGCGGUGGGACUACAACAACCAGACCCUGAAGGAGGUUUCAGGUCCAGCCCAAACCCAGACCCAGACCCAGACCCAGGGUCAGGGUCAGGAUUUGGGUCUGCAGUACAGGAUGCUGGUGGGAGGCCGUGUGCUUGAAGUCAACACUCUACAGGUGAAGUUCUCUGGGCGGUACCGAUGCCAGACCCUGAUCAACAGCACCCGACCCAUGCUGUCUGCCUGGAUACACGUUCACACUGAAGAGUUUGGCUGGCGUUUUGGAGACUGGACCACAUGCAGUGCUUCCUGUGGGAACAGAGGCACUUGGCUGCGGAGGAUACGCUGUGUCACUCUGGAUGGAAAGGAUGUUCAGCCCACCCUGUGUCAGCACAUACCAAAACCCAUCACUUCCCCAGUCCCCUGCAACAGACAGGACUGUCCCCCCAGAUGGUCGGUAUCAGAGUGGUCAAAGUGCUCAGCGUUGUGUGGAGUAGGCUGGAAACAGAGGCAGAUGUCCUGUCAGCAGCUGGAUGCCAGAGGUGCAGUGAGGACUCUGACAGCAGCGGCCUGUGAGAGGACGAGCCAGCCCACAGACACGGAGCAGUGCACUGCCAAUAACUGUCCAACCUGGGUAACCAGUGCAUGGGGAAAGUGUUCAGGGAGGUGUUUAGGCCCCACCACCACCGUACAGAAGAGAUCUGUCACCUGCCAACAUGCCAACAGUUCCUCGUACACAGACUGUGAUCUCAGGGACAGGCCUACAUCAGUACGCAACUGUUCCUCUAACCUGUGUGACGUCCAGUGGCGUCCCAGUGCAUGGCGGGCAUGCACGGUAGUCUGUGGGAGUGGCUUUCAGUCCCGCAGGGUGGACUGUGUUCACCAAAGGAGUGGCAGGACUCUGGCUGAGCAGCACUGUGCCUGGCUCCAACGGCCCUCCGCCUGGCAGCACUGCAACGCCACCAACUGUGGGAGUGAAUGCAAGGACACAACUCAGUACUGCAGCGUGGUGAAGAGGCUGAAGCUGUGCCACCUGGACAUGUACAAGCAGAGAUGCUGUGGGUCCUGUUCACAGGAUCCCGACUCCACCUAGUGGCAGCAAACCAUUAUAACCACACUGCAUUUUGUAAAAACAGAUGGACUACAUGAGACGAAUGAGCAAAAUACUGAAAGGACACCGUCUAUGAGUGGAAGCUUCAAAAUGCACAUAUUUAAACAGGAAAAGCUUCAGUCCAAUUAUUUCACUUCCUAAAAGGAACCUGAAUAGAGCCUUAAAAGGCUGGAAGGAUAAAGGGGCUUUACUUUCUGAUUUUGAACCCAAACUUAACUCCUAAUAUGAAGACAAGUGUUCACUAUGUGGAUCAAAUGGAGUUUUUGGACUUUCCUUCAAAAACAGAACAUUUACUUUACAAUGACAUUCAUUCAUUAUAUUCCUUUUUGGCAGCGCGGCCAAAAAGAAAUGUAACAAUGUUUAUUGUAGAACGCGUACCACUAAUCUCCUGUAAACAAGACUUAGACUGAGGUACUGGUUUGCAGGUAUACAUUCGCCAGUCAUGUAAAUUGAGAUUCAUCAAAUCAGCAGCUACAUAAAUAGCCUACAAAUCUUGUAGUCCUACUUUUACAUACACAUACUCUUAACAUUUUCCUUUAUUUAUUUGUGUAAUUGGUAAAAAAAAAAGUUAUUCAUAUAAAAUAUAAAAGCAAAAUUUGGGUUUAUUACAACUUUGGUCUAAUUUUCUUAGUUUUGACUAUAAUUUCUACUCUCCGAAUUGCUGAGAUCUGGCAACAAAGCAUUGCUCAGACAGCUUGUUAAACCACUUUAUUUUGAAGUAAAUAUAAGAAGUGAGUGUCCAAUAAUAUUACUAGUGACAGAACUGAUGACCAAAACUGCAAAAAUAAGACCAAAGUUGUAGUAAACCGAAACUAUCCUUUAAUCUAUCCCUGAUCUUCCCUACCUUUAAAUGGGUACGGUAUGACACCUUGCUUUAAAGAGCUGCCUACCCCAAGAGAAUUUAUUCAGUUUUGGUUCCAGUGUCCUAUGUGUUUUAGUGUCUUGUGAUGCUCUUUCAAAGGCUUUUCCAUUCUGAUAGGUUUAAAAGUUUGGUAGACACACUGAAUUCUUGUUCAUCUUUGACAUGAAAGUGAUCCAAAUUAAAUAUGUUGUGACCACUAAGGUGUUGGCCUUCAAAACCCCGUAUCUGUAACACCUACCUUAGCAGCAGAUGUAAUGUUGAUGCUGAACAAUUCAGCAAAACCCUGGAUUAUGUUCAGUGCCAACGCUUUUUCAUGAUUUAUUUCUUCUACCUGUGUGACAAUUCCAACAUGGCUGUGGUUGGGAAAACAUAGUGGUUAUGGCAAAUUAACAAUGGUUUACCUAUGGUUAAAGGAUAGACAACUAAAAUACUUGAUUGAAGUUUAGGAAAGAUCAUGGUUACGUCAGGGUUAGGUUAAAGAGUCUCCAUUAACUAGGCAGUUUGGAAUAGGGAGCUUAAGCCAGUAGUCAAGACCACCUAAACUGAGACCAAGUCACUACCAAGACCAGAGUGUAUAGAGACCCACAAGACCAAGACUUUGAGGGGUUGAGACUGAGUCAAGACCAAGGUGAGACCAAGUCAAGACCAAGGCCAGACCAGUGCGAGUCCUACACUGCAUUACACGAUAAAAUGUGGAAAAUGCUAACCAUAGGCACUCCUCAUAUUGAUUUGAAAUAUCCAUAGUCCCAUAAAAACACGCACAGAAAACGAAUAAACUCCUUAUGGUUUAGGUAGCCAGAUUUUAUUACCAACUAUUUGGUAUUUCAUGUCUCGUUUCACUUUCUUGAGAGUGUGUGUUAAGCGGGAUGGGUAGAGGGGGUUAACAGUAACACAUUUCAAAUUAGAAAUGAGUCAAAUUAUUGGUUGCAUUUAAAGCAGGAUUUUUUUUACAUCAAAUCACAGUAAUGAUAUUAACACAUAAAGCAGACAAUGCACAGGCAGUUCAGUGAUAGCCCUGCGGUUAUGGUCUUGACCGGUCUUGAAAUAAAAUCCAUAGUCCUCUUCAUCCGAGACCAAGUAAAAAUGUGUUCAUUCUGAGACGAGACCUUCAGAAAGUGAUCUUAAGAGCCAACUCGAGACCAAGACCGACCUUGAGUACUACAUUGGCUAAAGCACAGGUUAGCACAUGCUCAUGGGUGGUGAUGGCGCAGUGGAUAUGACACAUGCCUUUGGUGUGGGAGACCUGGGUUUGAUUCCCACUAUAUACAUCAACCAAUGUGUCCCUGAGCAAGACACUUAACCCCUAGUUGCUAGUUAGCAAAGCAAAGCGUCAGCUAAAUGUCAUGUAAUGUAAAUUCUCGCAUACCAUGUGGACCCCCUGUUCAGAAAGACCAGUAGUCGAGGGCCAGAAAGAAAGUCCAAGAUCCAAAAAUGCAAAGCUGUUUUAAGAAGAAUCUGAUUAAGAUCAAAAUUAACCGGUGGUCAACAGAAUAAUUAUUCAGGGUGGGAUUAGCCAUUGAGAUGAAGAUGGUAAAGAUAAGGGUAACCUGUUGGUUAGGGGUUAGGGUCGCAAUCUCACAUCUUCUGCAUGAAAGUCAGAUGUGCUUCACACCCAUCCACCACUCCAACCUCCACGCUCUUACUUUACUACAUUAAACAGUCCCUCCAGGAUUUCGCGGGAGAGCUUUUGUAAAAAUAAAA